CUGACUUGUAUAGUUUCUAUUACUGUUUAUUCUACCAUUAAACACAAUAUAAGUCAGACUUGUAUAGUUUCUAUUACUGUUUAUUCUACCUUUAAACACAAUAUAAGUCAGACUUGUAUAGUUUCUAUUACUAUUUAUUCUACCUUUAAACACAAUAUAAGUCUGACUUGUAUAGUUUCUAUUACUGUUUAUUCUACCUUUAAACACAAUAUAAGUCUGACUUGUAUAGUUUCUAUUACUGUUUAUUCUACCUUUAAACACAAUAUAAGUCAGACUUGUAUAGUUUCUAUUACUGUUUAUUCUACCUUUAAACACAAUAUAGGUCUGACUUGUAUAGUUUCUAUUACUAUUUAUUCUACCAUUAAUAUAGGUCAGACUUGUAUAGUUUCUAUUACUAUUUAUUCUACC